ACCCAGAUCGGAGGCAAGAAGAACAGUGUGGUCCUGCAGAAGCUGACUCCCGACACGCCCUACUCAAUCACCGUGGCGGCGAUAUACGCUACUGGCGAAAGCAAAGACAUUUCUGGCGGGGGCAAGACAAAGCCAUUGGGUGGAGUGCGGAACCUCCAGGUGACCGAUCCCACCACCAGCACACUCAGGGUGACCUGGGAGCCAGCAGAAGGCAACGUCCGCCAAUAUCGCAUCUUCUACGUUCCGGCCACAGGGGGCGAUGAGGAACAGACGCAGGUCUCCGGGACCAUCACCAACACGGUCCUGAGAAACCUCAUGCAAGACACCAUCUAUACAGUGACUGUGGUGCCGGUCUUUGCCCUGGGCGAUGGAAAGCGCAUGUCGGAGAACGGAAAGACCCUCGUGCGCUCGGCACCCAGGAACAUUCAGGUGUACAACCCCACCACCAACACCCUGAAUGUGCGAUGGGAGCCCGCCUCAGGACAAGUGCAGCAGUACCGAGUCUCCUAUGCUCCGCUGACUGGGACCAGGCCCUCAGAAUCUGUCUUGGUCCCAGGAAACACCCACACCGCCUUCCUGCAACAGCUGAUCCCUGACACGGAGUACUCUGUCAAUGUGGUGGCUCUGUACGCUGACGGAGAGGGUCCAUCGGUCGCCAGUGAUGGCACGACAU